AUGGCCACCUCACAUCUCUCAGACCACAUUUGCCGGCCAAUACCCCACCGGAGUGCCUCCUUCCGACGACUCACCACUACCAACACCACCAUAAUUUUUCUCUCUCCCCCAAAAUGUUCCAAAUCUGGAAGCUUUUUAGUUAAAACUGACCAAAAAUCCAAGUGGGUCGUUAGACUAAGCUUGGUGGAGCAAAACCCGCCAAAACCAACGGUGGAUAUGAAACGGUUGGUGGACUUCUUGUAUGACGACUUUCCACAUAUUUUCAAUGAUCAAGGGACUGAUCGGACGGCUUACGAUGAGCGUGUGACGUUUCUGGACCCAAUCACGAAAUUUGAUUCCAUUAGUGGGUAUCUGUUUAACAUUGCUAUGUUGAAGAAGCUCUUUAGCCCCGAUUUACAGUUGCAUUGGGUCAAACAGGAUCACUGGGAUUCCAUACAGAAUAAUGACUAUUUUUCUCUAGAAGGCUUACUGGAUGUAAUAAAGCAGUUGCGGAUCUACGAGACGCCUGACUUAGAAACUCCCAAAUAUCAGCUACUUAAAAGGACAGGGAAGUAUGAGGUGAGGAAGUACAAGCCAUUCAUAGUGGUAGAAGCAGAUGGUGACAAACUGGCUGGGUCCACCGGCUUUAAUGGCGUUACUGGGUAUAUAUUUGGGAAGAAUUCAACAGCGGAAAAGAUACCCAUGACAACUCCUAUUUUCACUGAGGCAUUUGAUGCUGAUAUGUCCAAAGUGUCCAUCCAAAUAGUUCUUCCAUCGGAGAAAGAUAUGAGCAGUUUACCAUAUCCCAGUCAAGAAGCAGUUAGGUUGAGGAGAGUCGAAGGAGGCAUAGCAGCAGUAUCAAAGUUCAGUGGAGAACUUUCUGAGGAUAUUGUUCUUGAGAAAGAAAAAGCACUUAGGUCGUGCGUUAUCAGAGAUGGUCUUAAACCCAAAUUGGGUUGUUUGCUUGCACGUUACAAUGAUCCUGGCCGAACAUGGAGUUCCAUAAUGAGGCAUGAAGUGCUUAUAUGGCUUGAAGAGUUUGCGUGGGAUUGA